UGAGUCAGCUUGUCACCGAAGCCUGAGUGCUAUCUGGGGAGACUGCCGGUGCUUCUUGCCUGCUCGGCCGCGCGCGAGGCGACACUGCCACGCCCCUCCCAGCCCCGCCUGGUGCAGACGACCCCGCCGCUGGUCUCGCCAGGUUGCGCGGGGGCGAGGACCCAGUAGAGCACCGCCUUCUCUUCUGAGAGCCUGGGGUUCCACCUGGUUCCAUCACUAGAGUGUGCCCCGCCCCCCGCGCCGGCUUCUUUCUCAGGCCUUGUUUCCUUCUUACUGUCUAAUGAGGCUGGCAGUCCUCGCCUUCUGGGAGGUAUGUCGGGAGCAAUCUGUGUUCUGAGAGUUCUGGUUUCUCUCGUGGCCUGUUCAAACUUAGGCUGUUAUUUGAGUGCUGUCUCGAGCCCACGUUUUUGGAAGACCACAGCAUAGAUUUCAGAUCAGGCCGGCUUUAUUUUCGCUGUAAUUUCUAGUACUCUGCAAUCACAUAGUAGCCAUUCAAAGCAAAACAAAACGUGAAUGCUGGAACCUGCAAGUGUUGAACUUGGUGGCACCCGUUAGCAUUGUGUCCUGAAGGACGUCAGACUUGAUGCUGAAAGAUGAUUCCAGACUCCAUCUCCCCUCACCCUUUUUAAAAACUCUGUAAGGUUGUCUACAGAAUAGGCACUUCGUACUAAUCUUAUCAUUCUCUGUUCAACUUAAAUCUUCAGUGCCAUGUGAAAUGAGCCACCCAGUGCCCACUGUACUUUGUGCCAUUCUGCUAAUUGCUUCAUUUCACGCACACAGUAAGAUUGCAGUUGUAGAUCGCCCAUCUGUAAGACUGCUGUUGAGCUCCCAGUGUCUGUCACAAGACUUCUUCACCACCACAACCAAGGAAGGAUAUGAUAUGAGGCGAGUGGACAUAACUCCUUUAGAACAAAGGAGAUUAACUUUUGAUACCCAUGCACUGGUUCAGGAUUUGGAAACUCAUGGAUUUGACAAAGCACAAGCAGAAACAAUUGUAUCAGCAUUAACCACUUUAUCAAAUGUCAGCCUGGAUAGUAUCUACAAGGAGAUGGUUACUCGAGCUCAACAGGUAAUAUUUUCAUUAUUAUCAGUUCUGACAGUUUCAUCAGUCUUUUUUAUACUGCAUCUCUGACUACCCACCCACCUUCUAAACACACCUACACCUUCCUUACACUCUACAAGGGAACCAAAGAACAAAAAGCAAAACCCUUUAGUAAAGUCACUAUCUAAAGAGAUUGAGGAGAGGGCACCUGGGUGGCUCAGUCGUUAAG